AUGGCAGUCUACGAGAAGCUAUUUCGCAACUAUGGACAACAGGCAGCACUCAUGCUCCUCACACGCGACGAUUUCUCUAAUCGGGAACGCUACACCCGCAUGAACGACACAAUGCGUGCCCUCCUACAUCUCGGCGUGAUUCCGAUUAUCAAUGAAAACGAUACCGUCGCGGUGGACGAGAUUCGGGUUGGUGAUAACGAUACUCUCUCUGCUUACGUAACAAACCUCGCCCAAGCGCAACUCCUCGUCAUCCUUUCAGAUCAGGCGGGAUUCUACACCGCAGACCCCAGACACGACCCUAACUCGGAAUUGAUAUACACUGUUACGACCAUCUCAGAGGACAUCUGGAAAGCCGCCGGGCAAGCUGGCACAACAAGCGGCACUGGCGGGAUGGUGACGAAAUUGCAAGCCGCUGAUAUCGUCACCGGAUCCGGAGAGAUGAUGGUGCUGGCACACGGACAGGAACCGCUUGUCGUAACAAGGCUCUUGAAAGGUGAGCUUCUCGGAACGUUAUUCCUUCCAAAUUCCCGUAUCUCUGGAAGGAAACGGUGGAUCGCCUAUUCACGUCCGCCUAAAGGCAGCCUCUUUGUGGAUAACGGCGCACGGGACGCGCUCGUGCAAGGUGGUAAAAGCCUACUCCCUGCUGGCAUCCGACGCGUUGAAGGUGAUUUUGACUAUAGCGAUACCGUCUCGUGCCUCACCGAAAACGGCACGGAAUUCGCACGCGGUUUGGUGAACUAUAAUGCCGUGGAGACUGCCAAACUCGCAGGAAAACACACCAAGCACAUUGAGAAUAUUCUCGGCUACCGCGAUUACGAUGAAAUCAUACAUCGAGAUAAUUUGGUAUUACUCGACUGA